AUGCAGUUUCUUCCAGCUACCAAACUUUCUGUUCAGCCAGCCAGUUGGCGGCUUAGGAAAGGAAAGGCAGGGGCCUCUGUUUCUCCUACAUCUAAGGUUGUUAGCCCUUCAAAGGCUAAUGAGUCUAAUACUACUGUUCUACCCUUUCCUCCUUCUUCAGAUGAUCAAUCGGGCGCUAAGAAGAGAUCUCUGCCAGAAGAGGCCGAGAGUGGUAGUGGGACUCAGGUUCAGCCCGAAGUCACUCAAGGCAAACGGGCUAGGAUUUCUCCUGCGGAGGUUUCUGAGGCUGCUUCGAUUGUCCCCCAAGUCAUUAUUCCUUCUUCUCCUCCGAUUGCUUUAGUGUCAGCUUCAGUCCCAGUUGUGGAGAUUCCUGAGGAAGAAAGGGAAGCUCCUUCUGCUAAGAUCGCCGAGGAGGAAUUACUCCAGGGAGGAGAAAGGCAGCAUGAAAAUCCUCAAGCAGAUGAUGAAUGUGGGGUAGACAAUAUGACUAAGCCAAAUUUGGAAGAGCCUACUCCUGAAUCGCCGGUACAAGAGGAAGCUUUAUGCCCCCUAGUCCUCGAAGAGACACUACCAGAAGAUGUUAUCCCUCCUUCAAAGCCGGUUUAUGAAAAUGAGAGAUUCUGUGCUGCUGCACAAGUGGAUCGGUCUGAUUUUUUGGAGCCCUGGAUUCCCUUUGCCGGGCCUAUCCAAACUUUACAGCAUCUUUUGAAAGUGCCAAAGCAGACUUGGGAGGAUUGGCUAACAAAUUUAAACAAAAUGGUUCUUCUUCCCAAGAAUCAGAAUUUGGAGACAGAAUUGGCUCAAGCGAAAGAGAAGAUAGAAGUUCAACACAAAGAAUUUGCUGAUCAUGAGGUUCUAUUGAGGCAAGUGAGCUGGCGCUUGAAAACUUUGGCUGAUCAGAUACUGACAACUAUGGCUUUGACUCAGAAGAGUCUGAACAAAGCUGAUGUGGAAGUCGGGCUGGAGGUGUGGAGAGGGAAGUUGAAGCAAAUUCACCAUGAUAAACUCCGUGUAGACACUCUACAUUUUUUGGACAAGAUAAAAACCAUGCUGGAUCUGCUGUUGUAA